UCCUCUCAUGCAUGAUCUCUGCUGUGUGAAAGUGUGAAAAUUCAGUGUGUGAGUUUCUUGCUUCAGAAGUUCUUGUUGCAAUGCUCAGAUUGCUGUUCACCCUUCCCAUCCUCAGGAUGCCAUAUGUAGUGUCAGACAUAACGGUCUCUCAGCCCCGUGGUGUGAUGUCAGUGAGGCUCGGAGAGACCGUCACCCUGGAGUGCUACUCCAAGUCAGACAAAGCCAAGCGCUGGAUGUGGCUUCGCCAGCGCCCCGGUCAAGCUCCCGAGACCAUCAUCACUACCUACUAUGAGCAACAGGACCUCUACGGAGACCUGAAGGGAAGUGGCCGGAUCACACUGGAGAAGGACACGCGAACCAUGAAUGUGACCAUGUCCAGGGUUGAAAAGUCAGACACUGCCAUGUACUUCUGUGCCUUAAGUGAUUAUGAGCACUUUCAUUUUGGGACUGGGACUUUCGUAACAGUAGUAGGAUCUGAAUGGAGCAGGACUGUGGUGCAGCAGGUGGCAUCAGACCCAGCGCGUCCAGGAGACUCAGUGACUCUGCAGUGUACAGUAGACAGUGAGACCUGUGCAGGAGAACACAGUGUUUACUGGUUCAGACACGGCUCGGGAGAAUCCCUUCCGGGACUCAUUUACACCCAUGGAAACAGGAGCGAUGAGUGUGAGAAGAGCCCUGAGGCUAGGUCUCCUACACACGGCUGUGUCUACAUCCUCCCCAAGAGGAACCUUAGUCCCUCCGAUGCUGGGAUUUACUACUGUGCUGUGGCCACGUGUGGAGACAUACUGUUCGGAAAUGGGACAAAGCUGGAGGUAACAGAUUCAGGAGGUGUGAGCCCUCUUGUUAUUGCCCUGGGGACUCUGAAUGUAUGUUUUCUGACGGUCAUUAUCGUUCAGAUAUGCAAGAGAAGGAAGCCUUUUUCAGAUGACUCACAGAGGGGUUCUGAAAAUGCAAGAACAGAGUCCUGCAGCAAUCAGACUUCUGAGGCAGAGCCGCUGAAUUAUGCAGCUUUGAAUUUUACACGCAGCAAACAGAAGCCUGGUGCGAGGAAAAAGGAGGAGCACCUGUCCUCUACAUAUUCCGAAGUGAUAAUGAGCUGCAAAUCCUGACAAAAAUUCACUUAAAACUGGAUCAUUUCAUUCUUGACUGUUGUGGUCUCACUGAAUCCAACUACAGUAGCUCAGUCAACACCAUUUCUUCCUAUAUUGAGUAUAUUAAAAACAUUAUUAUAUUUCAGCUGAGGGGGUGCGG